CUCGCUCGACGACGCCAUGAGGCACGUACUGCCGCGCAAUCUGUGCAGAGCCGGACCGAAGAGAAACAAAAGAACCAUUAGAUUCUGAUUUCCGUUCCUCGAUCCUUCCUCGACUUUAAACUGUGUUACGAGUCCUCGCGAUACUAUCGGCUUCGUGGUAGCGCUCUCUGAACUUUGAACCGGACGACGUCUUACAAAAGUGCAUACUACUCUUCUACAACCAUCGAUAUGCCAUCAUACACUUCAAUACAUCUGGCCGAGCGGCCACAAAGCCACAUCAUCGCCGGAAAGACAUUUACACCCAAAACACAUGCCAUUCCCACCGCCUCCUCCCUCCAGGAUGGCGAAGUCAUCUUCCAGACGCUCUACCUCUCCCUGGACCCGGCAAUGCGCGGCUGGUUGAACCCCACACGCUCCUAUGUUCCACCUGUUGAGAUCGGCGCCGUGAUGCGCGGAAAUGGCAUCGGAAUCAUUGUCGCUUCCAAGUCAAAGAAAUUUCCCGUUGGUACUUAUGCGACAGGAAUGUGCGGAUGGUCAGAGUACACUGUACUGAAAGAGAAGUUUGUCGAGCCACUCGAUCUUCCUGAAGGCGCGGUACCUACGGACGCUCUGGGCGUCUUAGGCAUGACCGGCUUGACUGCGUACUUUGGCAUCUUGGAGAUUGGCCAAGUCAAAGCGGGAGACUUUGUAGUUGUGAGCGGUGCGGCAGGUGCUACGGGAAGUGUAGUCGGUCAGAUUGCCAAAUUGAAGGGUGCGACCGUUUUGGGUCUUGCUGGCGAGGAUAGCAAGGUUCAGUGGUUGAAGGAGGAGCUCGGCUUCGAUGACGCGCUGAACUACAAGGACCCGGAUUUCGCAAAGAAGUUCAGGGCUGCAACGAAGGGACUCAUCGAUGUCUACUUUGACAAUGUGGGUGGAGAAAUUCUGGAUCUGGCGCUGUCGAGGGCAAAGCCGUUCAGUCGGUUCGUCAUGUGCGGCGCUAUCAGCGAAUACAACAACAAGAAGCCGCAAGGCCCCAAGAACUACCUCAUGAUCAUUUCCAUGCGUAUUCGCAUGCAAGGCUUUGUUGUCUUCGACUUCGCAGACAAGUACACUGAGGCAAGGAAACAGCUUGCUCAGUGGCUAUCAGAAGGCAAGCUCAAGAGGAAAGAAACUAUCAUUGAGGGCGGUAUCACGAAGGCUGAAGAAGCACUGGUUGGGCUAUUUGAAGGCAAAAAUACUGGUAAAAUCAUGGUUCAGGUUGCGAGUCCAGAGGCUGCGAAAGCUAAGUUGUAAAAUAAUCACUGUUGCUCGAGAAUUAUAUCUGUAAUUAAACCACCUCUGCAUAUGCUAGUAUCAUUAAUUACUCCCAAG